AUGGCCCCACUUCUUGCAUUCAACGCGGAGGUUGCCGAGCAUCUCAAACUUCUCAGCGCCAACGAGGCCAACAACACGGACUCAUCCACUUGUGAUAAACCACAGCUACCAGAAGAAGUGGUGACAGCCCCACUCUUCUCCUUGGCUGUACGCACUGUGCUCUCCGUGAAAUACAAGAGAGACCACACCCGGAAUGCAAAUGACCAGGUGUUCCCUCAAUAUGGUCUGCUUGGGCACCGUGUGGACAACUUUGCUGGCGGUUUAACCCAGAACUCUCUGGUGUAUACCAACACUGCAGCCCCGUCGUCAACAUUCAUCUGUGGAAGUCAGGGCAGUGGAAAGAGCCAUACCCUUUCUUGCUUGUUGGAGAACUCUCUCAUAUCAUCUUCACCUGCAGGAAGAUUGCCCGCACCUCUCGCGGGGGUCAUCUUCCAUUAUGACAAGUUUACUGGUUUCUCCAACACACAACUCUGUGAGGCUGUCUACCUUUGCUCCUCCCAGGUACCUGUCCGUGUCCUUGUUUCUCCCACAAAUUUCAUGUCAAUGAAGAAUGCCUACACCAACCUUGCGGGCUUGGGUAACGUUGCUCAUAAGCUGAAGGUUGAACCCAUGUACCUGCCAACAAAGGGACUCAAUAUCAGCAUGAUGAAGACCCUGAUGGGUAUUGACAACGCCUCUAACCAGCCCCUCUAUAUGGAGGUGGUAAUGAAGAUUCUUCGAGACAUGGCGAUUGCCGACCAAGGACGCGAGAGUUUCGACUACGCUCUUUUCCGGAAAAGACUUGAUGCUGAGGAGUUCAUGAGGGGCCAGCAAGUUCCCCUACAGAUGCGCCUCGAUGUGCUGGAAUCCUUCUUCGAGCCAGGUAUGAUGUUCAACGGCAAGGGAAAGGUCAAGAAGCAGUUUUGCGUCGAUGAUAUCUGGAAGUUUGCCCCAGGCUCCCUCACUAUCAUUGACUUGAGCUGCCCCUUCGUUGGACCGGAUGAUGCAUGCGCCCUGUUCAACAUCUGCAUCUCGCUAGUCCUGAAGGACCGCCAUGAAUCAGGCAGAAUCCUGGCCUUUGACGAGGCACACAAAUUUUUGACGGCAACCUCAUCCGAGGCAAUGGAGUUGACAGAAACCCUGCUCUCCAUUGUACGACAACAGCGACAUUUGGGCACGCGCGUCCUCAUUGCCACCCAGGAACCCACCAUUUCACCUACACUCCUUGAUCUCUGCAAUUUGACUAUCAUCCACCGCUUUACCUCCCCGGCCUGGUUCAAAGCGAUCAAAGCACACAUCGCAGGGGCCGCCGAUAAUGGGGAGGUGAAGGAAGCUCUGGAGCGGGAUCUGUUUAGAAAAAUCGUUCAACUAAACACGGGCGAGGCAUUACUUUUCUGCCCAACCUCGCUCCUGACUGUCAUGAGACGAGAGGAUGUGAAUGGUUGGGGGUGGUAUCCCAGUGACUCCGACCGAAUGACGGAUGAUGAGGACGUCACGGGGGGAAAUCAUUGCGCUGUUCAACUUGGGGCUGGUCAUGUCCAUGUUCGGGUGCGGAAGCGUAUCACUGCAGAUGGUGGCCGAAGCAUUAUCGCGCAGUGA